AUGGUUACGAACACCAUCCAAUUCCAUGGACUACCUUCUGAGGACCCGAAUGUCCAUCUCUCGCGCUUUUCAGCUAUCUGCGAUACGUUCCAGGAGCAAGGUGUCACCGAGGAUGCCUGCAAGCUGCGCCUAUUUCCAUUCUCGCUCGCUGACCGCGCCCAUGCUUGGUUGGAAUCCCUUCCUGCGGGAUCCAUUACUACUUGGGCCGAUAUGAAAGAAAAAUUCUUAGGUAAGUAUUUCCCUCCUUCCAAAACCGCUCGUCUGAGGAGCAUGAUCCAAGAGUUUCGUCAAAAGGAGGGAGAUUCAUUCUACGAGACAUGGGAGCGUUUCAAGGAGUUAUUACUCAAGUGUCCUCAUCACGGAUUUGAGGAUUGGGCUUUAGUUGAGAGGUUCUAUCAUGGAGUGACGCCCACUACGAGGAAUAUGCUGAACACUACUGCCGGUGGCAAUCUUCUGACCGCCAAGACACCUGAUGAGUGCAUGGAUGUGUUCGAGGAUAUAGCGAUGAGUAGCUACGAGUUUCCUGAGUCUAGAGAUUCAUCCACUACACAUAGAGGAGUGCACAAGGUCGAUGAGGUCACCAGGAUGCAAGCACAGAUUGAUGCUUUGAAGCAGCAGGUGAGUGAUAUGAAGGUACAGAAGGAGCAGCUAUGCGAGAUAUGCACUGGUAGGCAUGACACGACCGCGUCUCCUAUUGCCCCUACUGAGACACCAAGCAGGAACCACCCGAAUUUCAGUUGGAAGAACAACCACCCACCGGGGUUUCAGCAACGUCAGAACUUGCUUCAGGACGCAGGAGCAGGAUCGAGUUCGGGUACGAAUAAAAGCCCCACGUUGGAGGAGAUGCUGAGGCAAAACCAGGAGACAAUGAAGCAGCAUCAAGAGACCCUGGUUCAGCAGACACAGUUACUGACUCAGUUCAUGACCAGAGAGGAGGCACGACAUCAGGAGAACCAGUCGCGAUUCUUGGAGCAUGAGACUUUCAUGAAGAAUCAGAGCAUAGCUUUCCAGAAUCUUGAAAGGACUGUAGGUGCGAUGUCAGAGAAGUUGAGUCAGAGACCCCCUGGUGGUCUCCCUAGUAGCACUGAGGGUAAUCCAAAUGCCACUGCAAAGGCUGUUACUACGAGGAGUGGUCGAGGAGCUGUAGAGGUCGAGCCGGUAGUCGAUGAGGACCCGGAGGUCGACGAGGUGAUUGAGAUGGAGACCCCUGCUGGCAAAGUGCACCCUAGGCUGCGCCCAGCAAGUACAGCACAGUCCAGCGGGUCUCUAGUAGAGAAGAUGGAUGCAGAGAAGGAGCCGAUGAGGGUGUACAAGCCGACACCCCCUUACCCUGGUAGGUUAGUGAAGGGUAAGGACGCGGAGUAG